ACCUGAAGUUGCUCGCGCUCUGGUCCUCCGGGUUAUUUUCUUUCGCAACCCAAUCCUCUCCUAUAUGUAACCCACGCAUAUACAUAUAUAUACAUCGCACACUAUAGAUAUACCCGGCGUGUACUACGUCACCAUUGUCACCAAUCAGCUCGCUAUAUACCUAUGCGCGCUUCUCGCCAGCUCCUCAGUGUGAUUCAUAUGAUGCUUCUUGCUGUUGCCAGCCCUGUUGAUUCAUACAUAGGAUCAUGGUUGACCGACUUGUGAACAGCGAGGCCAAUGCCAGGAGGAUUGCAAUGGUGGAGAACUGCUUCGGCAGUUCAGGUCAGCCUCUUGCAGUUUCGGGCAGGGUCCUGGUUGGCGAAGGUGUUUUGACAAAAAUGUGCAGAAAAAAACCCAAAGCGCGACAAUUUUUCCUUUUCAAUGAUAUACUGGUCUAUGGAAACAUAGUGAUAAACAAAAAGAAGUACAAUAAGCAGCACAUAAUUCCAUUAGAGCAAGUCAAGCUUGAGUCAUUAGCUGAUGAUGGACAAUAUAGAAAUGGGUGGUUAAUAAAAACAGUGACCAAGUCAUUUGCUGUAUAUGCUGCAACAGCAACAGAAAAACAGGAAUGGAUGGCACACAUCACAAAGUGUAUUGAAGAUCUGCUCAGAAAAAGUGGCAAGAAGGCUGUGGAAGUUCAUGCAGCUGUUUGGGUUCCAGACAAUGAAGCAACAAUUUGUAUGCAUUGCAAUAAAACACAGUUUACAGUUCUAAACAGAAGGCACCAUUGCCGACAAUGUGGAGCAGUUGUAUGCGGUCCUUGCAGUAACAAAAAGAUGGUUUUGCCUGGUCAAGGCAAUGGUAAAGCUGUAAGAGUUUGCUUACAAUGUUAUGAUGCAGCUAGUAAGGUAAAAUCAACAACCAGACCACUAACAGAUGAUAACAAGGAUCAGCGUAACUCUGCAGAUAGUUCUGGUGGCGAUAGCUCAGGUGACGAUGAUGACACUGCCAACAAAGAAGAAAAUCAUGAUGAGCCGAAAUUUUAUUCAAGUCUGGUUCGAUGAAUUAAGCAAUUAAAUAAAAUAAAUUUUAGUAACACGAAUGUUGACAAUCAUCUCAGAACUUGAAAAUCUCGAAAGAUCUUGAAUGUUAAUCGGCUGUUACGAAAUUUUGUCGAUUAAUACUUUUUUAAUUGUAUAUGUACAAGAGUUGUUAAUUGCAAGUGGCCAGGUUUGUAUAGACGUCACUUGCAUAUGCCGUAAAAUUUCGGAUAUGAAACAAAAAGCAGUAAAUUUGUAAUAAGUUAAAACUAAGAGGUAAAAAGACAAUGCUUCGUACCUAAUUUUAAGAUUGCCACUUUGUGCCUUUCUAAAGUAGUUGGCUUUAUAUAAUAUACAUAUUGAUUCAAUACCUACAAUUUUCCAUUAGCAAAAGCAGAAGUUAUUUGUAACCGACGAUUUCUGCAAUAUACAUUUAUCCAAAGAUCAAACGAUAUUUUGAUAGCCAAAUUUAAAAGUAUUCUUAUAAGAAUUUUUUAUUGUGCAAAGUAAGGCUUUAUUUAUCUAAGAACCAAGGAAAUAUACACACUCUGAUAUGCAACGAAAGACUAAAAAAUAACUUGUUGGCCAACGUUUAUGUAAUUAAAGUAGAACAAGGAAAUGGUAUAUUUUUUGGUUUAAUAUUAAAGAACAUUUUUUAUAAUCUGAAAGCACGUGUAACUUUUGUACAUUUAAUGAAUACUAUUUACUACUAUAUGUAACUUUUAAAUAAUACAUGCAAUACUUUAUAUGAGUAGAACAAUGGUUAUUUUUCAUUCAAGUACUGCACAAUUAUAUUUUGUUCUGCAUGCCACAAUCUAAUUAUGUGUAUAUAAGUUUUAUUUUAAUAAAUUAAGAUUUUUUCUAA